AUGAAUUAUAGUUUUUCCAAUCUAGCUGGUGGGAACAGGGUGGCCCAAAAGCAGAUCUACUCCUCAGACAUGUAUUUCGACGAGUACCGGCACGUCAUGUUACUCAGAGAACUUUCUAAACAAGUACCUAAAACUCAUGUGAUGUCUGAAGAGAAGUGGAGGAGACUUGUCCAAUAGAAUCUAGGCUGGGUUCAUCACAUGAUUCGAGAGCCGGAACCACAUAUUCUUCUCUUUAGACUUCUUCCAAAAGAUCAACAAAAAUGA